AUGGACAUGGACUCCGAUGACUCCGAACUGCUUGAACCUCCUGCAACUCUAGACUCACCGCCAGAUGGCUUGGAGAGCGAAUUCCCUGAACUCUUUGCCUCCUCAGCCGAUGAAGCAGCACCUUCGGAGAUUGUUACAGAGGCCGAUCAGACAGGAACACGGGCACCUGGAACACCGAUUGGAGCCCUGCUUCGCACUAUCCCGCGGCCUCGCGCAGAUUCUGAUGAACCCACGGGCCUACCUCCUCCUCCUGCUCCUGUUCUGCUGGCAGGCUACGGCAAUGGCACACCAGUGGAGGCCUUUCGAACACCACCGCCUCACAUUAUGCACCAGCCUCCUGCACGACCAGAAGCCGGCACUCGACACAGACCUCGCCAUGUAGCUAGGCCGAGCCUGGCCCCUCACUUGAGGGGACCGAGCAUAGCCCCGCACUUGAGAGUGGAGACACCAAGCUCUAGCUCUGCUACCAAUGCUGUGGGGCCGACCUCACACAUGAUGACGGAUGCUGAGCAGGCCCACAGUGAUGAGGCAACAGGUGGAGCAGACACGGAGUUGCUGACCGUCGAGAUGAGCCCAACAAGACACCCCGCUCAGGGGACUUUCGCCAGCUCCUCCGCCCUGCAGGACAGCCGCUUAUCGGAGCAAGCAGAUGCCCAGGCUGGACCUCUCCCACCUCGACGCAGCCAGGCAUGUGCGAAAAUGCUAAUUAGAGCGGGAUACCGCUGCUGCCACUGCUACGCCAUACGUGCAGCUUGUACAUGCUCAACCGGCUUCGGCAAAAUCGACACCCAGCCGAAAAACCAGGAUCCGACUAGAGCUGAUGACCACAGCGACGUCACCAGAUCCGCCUCCAUUCUCCCUGGACGCCUCUUCCAAGUCCGCUUGGACACUGAGCCGGCGGUUACCCUGGUGGCGACGUACCAAACAGUCUGGGCUGAUGGCUCCAAACAGGAGGACUGCAUGGCACAACGAGAACUCUUCUGGACAAACUUCGAAGCUGUCCUCAAGAGUGUUACUCAAGCGCUCCGCAACGAUCCAGCUUUAGCCAGCCGAGUCUACAGACUGUACCUGGCGGCUCUCCGAGAGGACUCUCUUCCCGAAGGCCUUACAAACAUGUUUGCGGACGACUUCUUUGGCAGUUGGACAUACAGGAGCCCAGACGCCUUCCGUGCAGCUAUCCGCUCCAUAGGCACAUUAGUCCACACUCUGAAACGAGUCGGCCUUGAAUUGAGCUUGGAAAAGACGGUACUGCUAAUGGCCUCAACAGGCACCAGUGUCUCCUCCGUUGUCGGAGGUUACCGAGUCUACAAGGAGGGAGCCACCUAUCUUCAGAUACCAGUCGGGCAAUCAAGAGUCCUCUUCAAAGUGGUCAGCUCGCAUAAAUACUUGGGAGCGCGCCUCUCCUACCAGGGGUUCGAACUCCUGAACCUGAAACACCGCUUAGCUACUGCAUGGGGUAGCUUCUGGCGCCUUCACUCUAUCCUCAUUAGCCGGGCACUGCCACUGCACACCCGGACUAGGUUAUGGAUGGCUUGUGUCUUCAGCGUUCUUCGUUACUCCCUCCACCAUGUAGGCCUUCCAAAGACAGGCCCCCUCCUCAUUCGACAGGCGGUCCACCGACAGCUCCGAAUGAUCGCACGGUCCCCGGCGCACCUCUGGCACGUGCCCUCCAGUGACAUUUUGGUAAGACUCGGGGUCGAGGAUCCUUGGGUGCUGCUCAGUAAGCAAUUUCCAGGAGCUCGAUCCACACAAGCUCCUAUGCACCAGACGCCUCAGCAUCAGCUGUGGAGUCACAAACUCGCUGCCUCCUUCUCCCUGCAACCCCUCGCCACCGAGCCUCCCACUAGCCCCGGCAACUCAGGAUCACAGAUCUCCCUCCCGGCGAGAAGGAUCACCUCUACUGACCAGGACAUCCUGCACUGUGCCAGUGAGCGACGCGUGCAUGCCUAUCGGCAGAUCCUCCGAAGCAACAGCUCAGCCAGAGACGAAGAUCAGCUGGGCUCUGCAUAUGCCGACACUGUGGCAGGGAGUGUGCCAGAUGGGGGUUUGGCCCUCAGCUCGCCCUGCCGAUACUGCGGACUUCGCUUCAAAGGGGAUCAGGCCAAGCAUGCUUCGGAGUGUGCUAUGAUAGUCUGGGUCAAGUUCCUCCAGCUUCUGCUGAAUCCUGAAGCCUUGCCCCUUCCUCGCGAGGGGGUCACGAGAGAGGAGUUAGAGGAAGCGGCAGCGGAACUGACCCACCUCCAGACAAUGGCAAUACAAGGCAGGAGACUCUUCGAGCCCCUCCAGUUCUCAGCACCCAGCCAGGCCGCGAUGCCCCUCCCUCUUCCCACUCCUCCGCACUCGGAGGUUCCGGGGGCACAUCCUCCGACAGGCCCCUCCAUUCAGGGUCUCCCCAGUCUCGGAUCACAGCACGAGGAGACGGACCAACCCUCCAAGUACUCCAGGCCGAACGACAAAGGGCAGGGAGGGAAGGGCCCAAGGAAUGCUCAGCAACCUGCUCGACGACACUUCCCAUCGCGAGCCUCGCAGCCCUCUCAUCCGGGUCCCAGCUCAGCAAGCAGCCCACCCUCCAAGACUAUGGUUUCCUCCAACCUCGUCCUGCAGAUCGCACAGUUGGUGCUGAGGCAUGCCGACGCGAUCAACGCCCUCGAACAAUCCACCACAUGGAUCAUGUUUCAAGGAACGGCGCCCCCCCUCACGGCGGUGGACCUGCAAGCUGCCAUAGCCACGGAAUGGCAUCAGCUCAAAGACAACAACCCUUCGGCAGUGACACAGCCGUUGAGAGUCAUCUUGUGGCAGACCUGGGCCUCGGAGUUGGUGAAAAGGCUUCAGCUCCUGACUACGGAUCAGGAGCGCCGUCAGGAGGCAGUGAAACUCCAGAUAUUGUCGGAGCCGGACUGUUUCAAGUAUGUCAAGUGGAACUCGACCCAGAGACGCCUGGAACCCAUCGAAAGCAUAGCGCCACUGACCUUGUCGGAGAUAGUGGGCAUGCUUCAAGAGACGAUCGUGCUGUGCAAGGAGGACGGCGUUCUCAUCAACUUUCAUCCGAUGAGACGCCUGACUCCCCAGAUGGCAGGCUCGGCAGUGUCGUUCUCUCUACAUCUAGGCCUCAGAGAAUCCCGUGCAUAUCGCUUCUGGACAAUCAUCGAAACCCUAGCUGGAAACUCCUCGCUCCAGCUAGUGGCGACGACGAUUCGUCGCGACAAGCGCGGCCGCUCGCCGCUGGCACAGGCGAUCGAGAAGGAGCUUCGCAAACAGCAGAAAUUACGCCACUGGCCGGACACGGGAAGGCAACAGGAUGCAGCUGAGUUCCUCAGUCACCUCAACCAGGCCUGUCAGUUUUCUGCCUUGCAAGGGACUUGGGCCAUUCUUCAGCAAGGUCAGCUAGUGGACUGCGGACAUGUAAGCCCUCUUCUCCUCAAUUGCGACCUGACGUCCCUCCCACGCACACAUGGGAUCAGCACCUUGCAAGCUGCUGUUCACGCCUGGCAUCGCCUCCCAGGCAAUCCAACCCUUGCCUCAGGUGUUACCUGCGCAGUGCUCCAGCUGAAUCGCUUCAGCUCUGAGAGUGGCCGAGUUAGGAAGACCCGAACCCCAAUAGCUCUGCCCAAAGAACUGAGAGUUCCUACGUGGCAACAUGAUUCAGUCGUGCAGGUUCGGUACGCCCUUAGCGCUGCUGUUAUUCACCUUGGGGGUUCUCCUAAGGAGGGCCACUACAGAACUCUCCUGUUCGACCAGGGUGGUAGUGUCAGAAUCACUGACGAUGGGACCCCCUCUACUCCACCUAGUAGGGAUCUGGCUAGGGUUACACAGGAGAAUGUCUAUCUCAUCGUGAUUCGACCUGUCAUCGACCCACCCCCAUAA